AUUUUGACAAAACAAAUAAUUUAAGCUCUGUUUUAUUAACCUGUUCUAAAAUAUGCUCCAUCCCCCAUGAGCAGUACGGCUAGGAAGAAAAAAAAGUUGUUCAUUGUCAUGACGAUUCAUCCCCCUCAGAUGUGGGUGUCAAAUAACAGGAAAGAAGGAAGACCGUUUUCAUCCACUGGGGCGGGAGCUUGUGACUCACUCAACUUCCUCCAUAGUAGCGCAUGGAAGAGUUGAGCGCGAGCAUUCUCUCAUUCGUUGCUGUGAGAGAGAGCUGAACACUCACACCCCAGAGGAGCAACAGGACUACAGAUCUAUUAAACAGGCCAACCCAACUGACCCCAGCGCACCCGACACGGACAGACACCUACUGAAAGUGUUUUGACAGGGGACUGACUCGGAUUAGGAGCAACAUGAGCGAGCGCUUUGACUGUGACAACUGCAAGGAGUCCCUGUACGGCAGGAAGUACAUCCAGGCGGAGGACAACCCUUACUGCAUCCCAUGCUAUGACAGCCUGUUCGCCAACACCUGUGAUGAGUGCAAAGAGCUGAUUGGCCAUGAUUCACGAGAGCUUUUUUACGAGGACCGUCACUACCACGAACACUGCUUCCGCUGUUUCCGCUGCGACCGUUCGCUGGCCGACGAGCCCUUCACCAGCCAGGACGAUGCUCUUCUGUGCAACGACUGCUACUGCAACGAGUUCUCCUCCAAAUGUGUGGCCUGCGAUAAAACCGUCAUGCCUGGAACCAGGAAGCUUGAGUAUGCUGGCUCCACAUGGCAUGAGGGCUGUUUCAUUUGCAACAGCUGUCAACAGCCAAUAGGCUCCAAGUCCUUUAUCCCCGAUAAAGAUGACCACUAUUGCGUACCCUGCUAUGAGAACAAGUUUGCACCACGCUGUACUCGAUGUAAACAGGCCUUGGCUAAAGGUGGUGUUACCUAUAGAGAUGAGCCGUGGCAUAAGGAGUGCUUUGUGUGCACAAGUUGUAAAGUCCAACUAGCUGGCCAGCACUUCACCUCCCGGGAUGAUAGCCCAUACUGCCUCAAAUGUUUUGGCAACCUGUACGCUAAGAAGUGUGAAGCCUGCAACAAACCCAUUACAGGCUUUGGUGGUGGAAAGUACAUCUCGUUCGAGGAACGGCAAUGGCACCAACCCUGCUUCACCUGCUCUCGAUGCUCCGUGUCUCUGGUGGGUGCCGGCUUCUUCCCCGAGCAAGAUGAGAUCCUCUGUCGCAAUUGCAACAGCAACCUAUAGAACGCAGCACCCAUCCACACACCGUACUUCCAUACACUCGCAUACGUCUCUAUUUUACACUGCUGUGCCCUCACCUGAGAACUUCCUGUCUCAAUUUAAGCCCAUGCUGAUACUGCUGUUUGAGAUCACAGCAAACCAGCAACACACAAUUGUCUCAGCUUCACCAAAAUACUCCAAGAAUAGGCUUGCUGGUUUACGACCGGAUAAAAGAAAACUUUUAAAAGAUGCACCAAAGAUUGCUGUUGAGACUUGAAAGCCAUGCAACGUUGAGUCCCUACUAAUCCAGAAUCAACACUAUAUUAAUGAUGUAGGUCUCUAUGCACACAUAAAAAUAUCUGAUCUGCCUACUAGUUAUUCCCAUCUUUAUUUUUCCUGGCCAGCCAAAGCUGUUAUUAGGCUGGUAAUGGUCAUUAAUGGGUGGAUGUAGUCUGUGUUUGCAGCCUGUGAAAGAACUCAAACAGAUUCCUUCAUAAACACCCAAAGGUCAAAGGUUUGGUGUUCUGUUAAAGUGACAACGCCCAUUUAGAAUUGUUCCAAUCACUCUUGUGCCAAGCAAAGUGUAAGAACAUGAAUAAAUGCAUAACUUAUUUUGCGUUUUGGGUACAAUAAAAGUUACAUUUUGAGAAGCAGCUACCCAAAGCUGAACAUCUAGCUUUUACACACCAUGUAUGUCACAUAAAUAUGUAUGUGACUAUUGAAUGCUGUAGUUAGUGAGCACAUUUUCUAAAACUUCACUAAAACCGUUUUGUAUCUAAGCAGAAUGAGUUCUCUUGAUGCAUUGCACAUGCAUUCAAAACAGUGGAGAGUCUUCCAAAAUGCAUAGAAAUGUCAGAAAAAAUAACAGCUGAAAUGUUUCUGCGGUUCAGAUAUGAGUGGGAAAAUGAAGUUUGAAAUGCAUUUUGAAUACAGGUGGAAGACAGACUUGCAUUUGCACUACUAUAGCUUGAAUUAUCUAUAGAAGCACAGAAACUUCAAGAUAAAGCACGCAUUACACUGUAUAUACACAAAUUACAUACUAUUUCUGUUCACUUCCUGUUUUUAGUUGUUUGAUAAUUCAUUUGUCUACAUUAUGACCUCUACAUUCAGAAUUUCUUAAAUCUUUUUUAAACAUGUCUUUGUGUU